UGAAGUGGGGAAUGAUUCAACAACUGUGGUGUUUUGUGCUUCCUCUUGCAGCUCUGUGCCUUAAGACCUGAAGGUGGAGCUUCGUGAGGUUCCUCUUGGUUUCAUUUACUGUUAUCCAGGCUUUUGACAUUUCAGUUUGAAGUGUCCUUAACCUGAGGUGUCAUGGUUUGGACCUGUGGUCGUGUUCAGAGUCAGCCUUAGUGUUUUGAGGUGUUAAAAGAUGGAGAGGAUCCGGURCCUGGCUUGUCUGUGGACUGUGGUCAUCAUUCAGACUGGGUUUGGUGUUUGUGGUACCACCGUGUUUCUGGACCGGGAGGAGGAUCAGUCCGUGCGCCUCUCCUGCGUCAUGGCGCCGGUGCACCCGCCGCCUUUCGGCUUCUACCUGAAACGCAGCUGGCUCCAACCCGGGGAGGUGCUCUUCUACUACACCAAAGCAAAUUUCAGCGUGAAGGACGUGGCCUACACAGACCGGCUGGCUGUGAGCGGAGACCCGAGCACCCACUCGGUGAACGUCACCAUCUCCCAGCUGCGGGCCGCCGACACGGACCGAUACUCCUGCGAGUUCAUCGUGGAGAAAUCCGGCUCUGAGGAUGAACGGGUUCCAGGGAAAACUGAAUUCUUCCUGCUCGUUAACUCCGUUGCCACUCAGCCUUCCGAUGGCCCGGAGGACGUGGUCCUGGUUCAGACGUGCUCUGGGGGUUCGGCUGUGCUCCCCUGUCACAGCCCGAACGGGGAAGGCCUGGCCGUGGAAGGUGUAAGUCUGAAGAGGCGAAGGGAGCGAGGUGCCACGGAGGUGGUGUACGACUCAAGGCAGCGGCGGCACCACGGCGGUGCCGGGUUCCCCGCUGAGAGGGUCCAGCUGUCCUCUGCGCUGGGCCCCUCUGGCAUCACCUACAAUGUGACCCUGCAGCAGCUCCAACCGGAGGACAGUGCCCUCUACAGCUGCCGGCUGCUCCUGCGGGGCAGACCCGACAGCAGCACCCGUCUGGGGCGACGGGCGUUCUUUGUGUCUGUGCAAGGCGACCCGUGCGGCUGCCACAACCACGACGCCCUGCUGUACGCCCUGUCGGGCGCCGUGGCCCUUCUCCUCGUGCUCCUGGUCGGAACCGCCGUAAAGCUCAAAGUCGCAGCUCGCCGCCGUGACCCCUCGCAGCCCCAGCCGCCCAUCUACGAGGAGAUGGUGGGGGUGCAGUCUCCCAGCCAAAAACUGGCCUCGCUGCACUUCGAGGAUGCCGUGUACAAAAACGGCCCGGGGAGGAAGAAGAUCACUCCUGGGAACCAUUACGAAAGCCCCAGCAGCGCUCUCUUCCCCCGGACCGAGUCUCAGAAAUAAAAGUGUUUGACCUUUUCUGACCACCAAUGUUAACAACCCGACUGCCUCACACUCACAGGACCCCCUUACUCUCUUCUUUUUUAUUUUUGUCCAAAAAUGUACAUUUUGGUUGAGAAAACUAUUUUUGUAUUACUAUCACAUAAUAGUAUUAUCGGCGUACAAAAUCAUACCUCAAUAUUAAGUUGAAAUAUACAAAAUUAUGCAAAAAUAUUAAGACGAAUCAAAUCUUUAGAUGAUUUCCAGCUGUGCAAAGUAACUGCAUUAAAAAAUGCUAAAAUCUGUGGAUUUUAUUUUGAUUUAUUGUGCUUUCUGUCAAGUUUUGUGUAAAAAUAAACUUAGAUGAUUUCAGAUGAUAAACACA